AGGCAGAAGCUGGUCAAGAGCGCGCAAACAACAUGCACGCUGCAAAAGUUACAGGCUGCUUACGUUAAAUUAAUUCAACUUUGUGUGCAAUUAACUUGCAUUCACGAGUGUAUGAGGCUUUGGGAAAAGCAUGGGUGACUAAACAUGGAUAUAUUUAGAGACGAGAGUGAGUUUACUGAUGUCCGAAUGGUCCAAAGGGUCAUGGAUUUGUUUGAGUGUCGUCCUGGUUUUCAAAAGAUAGUAAGACUUGGCCUUGUUGCGGGUAUGAAAUGCGAUGAUGAGGAUGGAACUGACAAGAGUCGUGAUAGAGGAUUAAGUGGGAGCCAUACAAGGUCGUCCGGCUCUGUUUAUCCGCUUCCACUGCAUUACUACGCUUCAUCACGUGAGGUUCCUUGCCCGCACUCUGUAAAAGUUGAAGCAAAGGAGAGUGACUUUGAAAGAAAAGCCAGAUUAUUAGAAGAAGUAAAAAAAGUGAAGGAAAAGGCUGAGAAGAAGCGACUUAAGAAAAUGAAACGAAAGGAGAAAAGACGGCUUCAGAAGUUGGAGAGGGAAAAACGCAACCCUAUAAAAAGUGAAGAGCAAUCUAAAACAGAGGGCAGCAAACGAGUUAACGAUGAAUCCAAAAUCAAUACCAUUUCUAGUGAUAAACAGUGUGCCUCAGCAAAAGAUACAGACAGCAGUGGCAGUAGUGACGACGAAUCCAGUGAUGAAGAUAGCGACACCAGGAAUGACUCGGGCGACUCUGAGGAACUGGACAUGACCAGCACUUUUGUGAGUAAAGCUGCUCUUAUAGCCAGGCGUAAAUUGGAGCAGAAGCCCAAGCCCGAGAUGAGGGAGAAAAAAAAGACGCCCGUCAAAGAACCUAAAAUCGUCCCCGACAAACCUAACGAAGACCCGGAUGUUGAAAAGAAGGAUUCUGCCACCCGCAGCAGCCCUGCUUUUGAAGAUAAUGUAAAAAUAAGUACUGAUCUUGCAGUUAUUGGAAAUAGGUUUGCAAGUGCUGGAGACUUUAAUAUGGCUGUGAAAUACUUCACCGAUGCAAUAAAGUACAACCCUACAGAGUUUAAGUUGUUUGGCAAUCGUUCCUUCUGUUUUGAAAAGAUGCAAGAAUAUGAGAAGGCGCUGACUGAUGCCGAGUUGUCUCUGAGCAUGUGGCCGGGCUGGGUUAAAGGCCUGUUUAGGCGGGGCAGAGCUUUGGCAGGUCUAAAGAGGUACGAGGAGGCUGGCCAGGCCUUCAGGGAGGUUCUCAAACUGGACAGUUCAUAUGCGGAGGCUGCCCAGGAACUGAUGCGGGUGCAGAUAACACAACUAAUGGAGUAUGGUUUCACUCGGGAGCAGAGCUCAAAUGCUUUAAUUAUUCAUGAGACGGUACAAAAGGCACUAGAAGUGCUGUCCAAACUAAACCACCGGCCUGGAUCUAUUCAUUCAAAUGGCACUGUCCAACCGGCUCAAGUAGCAAAUGUCACCGGAGUCUCGCCAGUCCUUUCAGCCAACACAAUCCCUGCUCCACCAAAACCAGCAUUUCAGAACAAACCUUUAGGCCCAGUUCAGAACAUGUCGAAUGUCCAUAGUCAACCCACGAAGACCAACAACAUGCACCCACCGCAGGAGCUGUUUCCAGUUUGGGUGGGAAACUUGGUUUACCCAGUAACCGAGUCUGUGAUAGCAAACAUGUUUAGCAAGGUCGGGGCUGUUAGUAGUGUGAAGGUUCUGACUUACAAACGAUGUGCCUUCGUUAACUUUACAAAACAAGAGCAUUGUGAUGAAGCAAUCAGACGCUUCCAUGGGUGUGAGCUGAACGGCAUGAAGAUUGCAGUGAGGUAUCCAGAUAGGAUUCCUCAAGGUUUGGGGAUUUCCAGAUCUGCCAUCAAAGCUGUGGACCUGCAAGAUGAUAAUAUGAGGCAGAGCGAGUACAGUGAAGCGUGGAAUGCAGUUGGAAGCAGAAGACCUUUUCGCUCUUACAGACCAGUCCCAGACUACAGAGGCAACUACUGAAGAGAGAGGCGCCUGUAAACGGGUCCGACUGGCCUUCUCAAUAUAAAGCAUAACCACUUAUGUCCAUUACAGGUUUGUAAGGCUUUGCAAACCAUUAUCAGUAGACGAGAAAUGAAUGUUUAUUUGGUAGAAAUUAUUUUUUUAACGAAUAAAUGUAUUAGUCACUGAAAAUGACUAACUUUAAAGAAAUUAUAGUUUGACUUAAAGUAUACUAUGCGAGCUGAUUCCAGGUUAAUAAAUGCUUCUUUAUGCCAAAAUUGUUUAUUUUAAGUCGAUGUACAGUAUAUCACAGCUGGUGGUGAAGCGUUCAAAAUAUUUGUCUGAGACAUUUGAUAUACACACAUGCAGGAAUCAUAAGAGCCUCAUUACAUUUAUCUAAAUGAUCUAUAAUCAGAAUCACUUCAAUACAUUUACUGUUUAUUUUCAUCAAGUUACAGUUCAUUCAAGAAUUAAAGAUUCUUUUAUAA